AUGGCUUCUUCGACUAUUAUACCUAUUGUUUAUACGCAUAAUUCUUUAGAGAAAAAUCGUUUAGGAUCACCAAUAUCUUCAUCAAACCGUUACUCAGUACACGAUCAUGGGCAAGGCUAUCGAACAUAUUCAUAUGAGUUCGAUUUAGUUGAUUAUGAGCCAGAACAAAUAGAUGUUCUUCUGGAUGACAAUGGUACAUUACGCAUACGUGCAAACCGUUCACCAUGUCGAGAAUUCAGACGUGAAUAUAAUCUUGGUGGGCCUAACGUUGAAACAACACUUGUAAGAAAUACAAUUGACACUCGUGGACGUCUUCGCGUUGACAUUGAUGUUCGGCCACGCCGUUUUGAUUUACAAUCACCCAAUAAUAAUAUUCUUACGUUUGAUUUGCAAGGCUACAGACCAGAAAAUGUAAAUGUUCGAAUAAAUCAAAAUGGUUUACUUAAAAUAAGUGGUCAACAUAUUGAUAAUUCACAUGGUAAUAAUAUUAAUCGUGAAUACUAUCGACAAUAUCAAUUACCAGCAAAUGUUGAUCCUGAUAAAGUACGUGCUCGUAUGGAUCAAAAUCAAAUACUAACUAUUGAGUUACCUCAAUCAUUAUUAGCAAGAGAUCCUACUAGACGUGAAUAUUGGGUACCUGUUUAUGAAAGAAAUUAUCCGCCAUGUUAUUGUGGUACACCUGGUAGUGGCUGCUGUUGUUGCAAUAUUAUGUAA